AUGAGCCACGGCACCGUAGGAGACGUGACUGCCAUGACCUUAGGCACUACUUUGGUUUCAACUUCCCCUACUAACAUAAGCAUAAAUGUGAGUGCAGAAUCAGACUCUGCCUCGUCGAAUGCCAAAACACAUCAAAGGACAGGAGCAGAGCACUCCCCGAGUUCCGAUUUGGAGGAGGAUUCUGCAAAGGAACAAGUCACAGAAACUGGUGGAGAGGGAGGUGUUUCCAGUGACCAAACCAAGGACCAAUAUGAGGAUAAUCAGGUGUCAUGGGCAACAUUAUACUGUCCGGAGAAUGGGCGAUCCCAUGCGACCCUCCUAGAUUUUGGAUUUGGCGAAUGCCCCAAGUGCGGCCAGAAUUUGACGGUCAUGUGGACGCAGCCCACAUGGACUCAGCAGGAGUUCAAUAACCCACAAGAACACAGCAACGAACAGGAUGACAACCAACCGGGACCGCAUUUGCCUAUGAACAGCGAAGCAAAGCAAUCGGCUUCAGCGCCCAAGUUCCACGAGGACUCCACAACUGAUCCUUCUUCCAUUGUGACCUAUUGCCUGGAAUAUCUAGACGCCGGGAGCAACGUUAUCACCACAGUGCCAUGGUCAGGUCCUUUCAACAGCUCAGUCAUUCCGAAAAGCGUCGAGGUCAAGCAGCGCGUUAUUUUCAAUGUCACUACUGUUUUGGAAACGUCUGUGCCCCCGGACCCGCACAGAUACUCAAAUGAAGUCGAAGGCCUUCUACACGAUGGCAUCAUAACGAACCCGACCAUCGAGGUUGGGGUCCGUUCGACCCGUAUGACCAUCUUCUCCAAGACUCUUCUCAAUGCUCUGGCCCGUGCUGUAACUUACUACCCGGCUGAAAGACUGGGUGGGGAGUAUCUCCAACUCAAUGAGCCGUUUUGCUUAGUCGGUCAUCAUCUGAAAGAGCUUGAAGCUUACCGCGCGACAUAUCGAGAAAACGAUGUUGGCUCCCCACAGCAAGAUGCCGCAGACCGUGAGCCUGCCAUUCCGAUGUGUGACAAGGAGACAUUCGAUCAGCUAGGCCUGCUGCUUGAUUAUGUAAAAGACUCAUUCUAUAAAGAUCGUCUCCCUGAUGAACUAGCCCGACACACCCAGAACCGUUGCACAUUCCGAAUGCUGUGGCUACUCUUCAAGCCGGGAGAAACUGUGUAUAUGGAGUCUGGGGGUCAACUGUCAGCCUACGUGGUCCAAUAUAUGCAAGUUGAUAAAACGUUGCUUUCAUCCACCGGUCGCAAGUUCACUCAUCCGUAUAUUGUCCAGCUGUGGAACCUUGACUUUAAUGGUACAUAUGUCGGGAGGCGUUCCAAAACCGUGACUAUCGCACAUUUCGAUGGUGAGCGACAAGUCACCUCGCUCAAAAUAUUUCCGUGCCACUUCAUCGAUAGACAGGACAAUGGAAAGACUCGAAGGCACUUGGAGGAUCUUGGGCGGAAAUGGUAUGAGCUUCUUCAAGGAAGGCAGGUGUUCUACUUGGGCGAGUUCCUGGGUCCAUCUAAGCGACAGUACCAAGGUCGCAUCUAUGUCGACUCGGCUUCUUAUUUUGCACAGCACGAAUAUACAGCCCCAGACAUUUGUGAAGUCGAGGACAUGGGCGACGGGCUAGCCAAAUGCCUCUGCGAGGAGUGUCGUGGCUGGAAACCUCACCCGUUGCCUGGCUUCCGGUGGGCCGCUUAUGACCUUUUGGACCCGAGAGUGGAUACCGAUCUUGAGCUUCCUGAGUCCUCCGAAGGUGCUCGUCAUCGCUACUUACUCUGCAGCCGGGUACUCUAUGGACUUGUGUUGAAGUCCAGGACAUGGGAGGAAUUGAACGUCGCGUAUUGUAGGGAGCCGAAAGUAAACAAAAGGGCUAUUGAUAGCUUGGUUAUGCCGGAAGCGAGGAAAGAGAUGAUCCGCGCGCUUGUGCAGAAAUACACAGAUUCUAGAAGCGACGAACACAAUAGAUCCUGGGGAGCCGAUUUCAUUGAGAACAAAGGUGAAGGGCAGAUAUUCCUCCUUCAUGGCAGUCCGGGUGUGGGGAAAACCUUUACUGCUGAGUGUAUAGCUGAAUACACCGGACGAGCACUACUAUCGCUGACCGUUGGAGACAUCGGUACGGACGAAGUCGUAAUGGAGAAACAAUUGUCCAAAUGGUUCAGACUAGCCGAACAAUGGGGUGCGGUUAUGCUCAUCGAUGAGGCGGAUGUUUAUCUAGAGAGGCGACAGAUCACAGAUCUUAAGCGCAAUAGCCUGGUAUCCGUAUUUCUGCGAUGCAUCGAAUACUAUCGAGGAAUCCUAUUCCUGACGACUAACCGAGUCGGCCACUUUGAUGAUGCCUUCAUCUCUCGAAUUCACGUCGUCAUUCGGUACGACAAUCUGAGCGAAGAAAACCGGAGAACGAUCUGGGAACAGUUCUUCGACAAGUUGACCGACGAGCGCAAUGACUUUGUUGUGACUCGACGUGCAAAGUCCUACGUCUUGGAGGAUGAAGUGAUUAGCAAAAUGCAAUGGAAUGGACGGGAGAUUCGUAAUGCGUUUCAAACAGCCGUUGCCCUCGCCGAGUACCGUUUCUCUCAAAAACAAGACAAGUCCAAAGACGACGGCCCGACAUUGGAUCAGCGAGACUUUGAGCAAGUGUGCAACAUGACGAGGGACUUCAAGCAGUACUUGACUACUGUGCAUGGUAUUGAUGAAGAGGAUCGCGCCUUUCACGCUAAAGCUAGAGCCGGUAAUAUCCGCAGGACUUGA